GAAUCGAUCAAAGAGGAGAGUGUGAGAGAGGUGAGUGGUGAAGGAGGAAGAAGAAGAUGAGUGAGCCAAGGCCGGUUCCGAGGAGAGAGAGUCCAUGGGGAAUUACCGGAGAUAAUCACCCUGAACCCAAAGCUCACCGCUGCAACGACCGUCUUGAGGAUGUUAUUCAGGCUUGCUUUGAGGGAAACCCAUUCAAGACAGUUCCAGGUCCUUUCAAGCUCUUCUGGCAGUGCAUGCGUUCAAAGCCUGGAGAGGAACCAACAGAGCCAUUUACAUAUCUGGAUUUGGAUCCUCCAAAGAGAGAGCCAAAACCAGAGAAACUUGAGUAGUGCCACUUUUGUUUGCAAACGCCUUAACUGAUUUGGCAUUGUAGCGUCCUUCAGUGGUUUCAGCUUUUCUCUCGGUGUGGAUGGUUAUGCGAAGAAAAUACGUAACUAAAUUGUUUUUUGUUGCUUAUUUCCCAAUGUAAAACAGACGUCUCAUGCCUCUUUGUUCUGCUCUUCAAUGUUACUUGCUCAAUAAAUAAAGCAUGGCUAGGUGUGUUCUUGUAGAACUUACAUGAUAAGUUGUUAGAUGUUAUAACACCCUUAUAUGUGUAUGAUAAAUUUGUUUAUUUCUCAUAUUUUGUG